AUGGUGUCGACCGAUCCGAUGGCUCCGCUGCUCCCCGCUCAACGUCUUGUCCUUUUCGUCGCCGAUGGCCUCCGUGCUGACAAGGCCUUUCAAUCCUUCCCUGAUCCCUCCCCCGAGAAUCCCGCCGAACAAAGCGACGAACCUAUUCGCCUGGCUCCGUUUAUUCGCUCCAAGGUCCUCGAGGAAGGGACGUUUGGUGUGUCGCAUACCCGGGUCCCCACUGAGUCUCGGCCCGGUCAUGUCGCCCUGAUUGCGGGUCUGUACGAGGACGUGUCAGCUGUGACGACGGGCUGGAAGAUGAACCCGGUGAACUUUGAUAGUGUCUUCAACCAGAGCCGGCAUACUUGGAGCUGGGGCAGUCCUGACAUUCUGCCCAUGUUCAAGGAGGGCGCAGUUCCGGGUCGAGUCGAUGCAGAUACAUACGGGGAAGAGUUCGAGGAUUUCAGCGUGGACGCGACGCAUUUGGAUACCUGGGUGUUUGACAAGGUACAUGGCCUUUUUGAGUCGGCUAAGACUGACCCUGAGCUUGAUCAGAAAUUGCGCGAAGAUAAGCUCGUUUUCUUCUUGCAUUUGCUAGGGUUGGAUACUACGGGUCAUGGGUACCGUCCGUUUUCGAAAGAAUACUUGCACAACAUUAAGGUUGUAGAUCGCGGAAUUGAGUCUGUUACCAAGCUUGUGCAGGAAUUUUAUGCAGAUGACAAAACUGCAUUCGUUUUCACUGCAGACCAUGGUAUGAAUGACUUCGGCAGCCACGGUGACGGUCACCCGGAUAACACGCGUACCCCUCUGGUCGUGUGGGGCUCAGGUGUUGCUAAACCUCAGAUCAGCAAGGCGGGAGAUGCUCCUGGACAUGAGGACGGGUUCUCGUCAGACUGGGGAUUCGACCAUGUGCAACGGAAUGAUGUAGCGCAGGCAGACGUUGCCGCGCUCAUGGCCUAUCUGAUCGGUGUUGACUAUCCUGUGAACUCUGUUGGUCAAUUACCACUGAAUUACAUAGAAGGAAGCCCUAAGGAGAAGGCCUCUGCUGCCUUAGCGAAUGCACGGGGUGUUCUCGAAAUGUACCGUGUUAAGGAGGAGCAGAAACGAGCUGCAGUACUGCGCUAUAUGCCUUUCGAACCUCUCUCUGGCGAUGGAGAGAUGUCUAUCGAGGGACGUUUUGCCAACCUUGAGGCGCUUAUCUCCAAUGGCGAAUACGAAGAGUCUAUUUCUCUCUCGCAGGACCUCUUAGUGCGUGGCCUCGAGGGCUUGCGUUACCUGCAGACUUAUGAUUGGUUAUUCCUGCGAAACAUUGUCACUCUCGGGUAUCUGGGCUGGAUCGCCUAUGCACUAACAACUGUGAUUGACCUGCAUGUACUGCACGGAACUUCGGACUCCCAUCGAACAGUUGCCAGUACCUCGUUCUUCUCUUCCGUCUUGAUUGCUCUGUACUCUGUUUUCUUUUACCAGGGCUCAUCAUGGCGCUACUACUUAUAUGGUUUUUUCCCUGUCUUUUUCUGGGAGGAAGUCUUUGCCCGGCGUAAGGCUCUUGCUGCUGGUCGCGCAAUCAUCCUUGGCCACGUCCACUCAUUCGGUGGCUACGUGAGCUUUGGCGUACAGGUGAUUGUCUUUAUUGGUGUGCUCGAAGCACUUGUCCAAUCUUACUUUCAUCGUGAGAUUUUUAGCGUUGGCUUUGGACUUGCAGCCUUUUGGCCUUCGUCCUAUGGGUUUGGAUUUGUUCGCCGCAACGCCCUUUUGACUGUCACAUGGGCCAUUGGAUGCUCCCUUAUGAGCACCUUUACUCUUCUUCCAGUCACUAAGAUGGAAGAUGUCAACACAUUGACGUACGGCGGACUUCUAAUGUUCUUCACCGGUCUGUUGUACCUGCUUUUCGAGGACAAUAUCCUUGGCAAAAGCACCACAGCCUCUAAGAACCCCGCGGCUAUCAGCACCGUGGGGUCGCGCAUCAUCAUGGGCACUCAGGUUGGGAUGGUUCUUCUCGCUUUGGUCGUCACUAGAUCGAGCGUGUCAUUCCUCCAAGCGCGCCAAGGUGUGCCCUUCGGCAAUCAGAUCGUUGGCUGGACUGUCCUUGCUUCCUCUCUUGCGCUCCCAUUCUUCCACCGACUGUACCCCAAUAGCCACUACCUCCACCGCCUCAUGGUCAUCUUCUUAACCUUCUCCCCGACCUUCAUCAUUCUCACCAUUUCCUGGGAGGGACUAUUCUACUUUGCAUUCUGCAUGACUCUUGUCACAUGGGUUCGCCUUGAGCAUGCCAUCUACGUCCACAUGGCCGGAGUCUACGCCAAAUCAUCGCCAACGAACAACGGAUCGAUUGAAAAACCAGCGCCAAGCGCCACUGCCAAAGUCGACGGCGAAACAUACAAAUACCGUGCUCUGACCGUUUCUGAUGCACGAGUGGCACUGUUCUUUUUCUUCCUGCUACAGUCCGCCUUCUUCAGCACGGGCAAUAUAGCAUCCAUCUCAACAUUCUCUUUGGAAAGCGUCCGUCGCCUCAUCCCUGUUUUCAACCCUUUUGCCCAGUCAGCACUCCUCCUCUUCCAAAUUUUAAUUCCCUUCACUAUAAUCAGCGCCAACCUCGGCAUCCUUAACCGUCGUCUCGAGGUUGCAUCCAGCGCCCUGUUCAUGGUCGUAAUGUCCAUCUCGGACGUGAUGACCCUGAACUUUUUCUGCAUGGUGCGCGACGAGGGAUCAUGGCUGGACAUCGGAAUGACCAUCAGCCACUAUUGCAUUGCCAGUCUCAUGUGCACAUUUGUUGCCGGUUUGGAGUUUCUCAGCGAGCAAUUCGUUAGCGGAGUCGACUUCGGCUCUGCAGCUACCGCUAUUGUGGAUGCUGUAAGCGACGCUGUCGAUUCAAGCGUUGAGACCGCUAAGGCCUCAAAGCCCUUUGACGGCGAGAAAAAGGGCAAGGAGACGCAGUAA